AUGCUGUUGGCAAUCAGUUCAUCGGCUAUGCGCUGUCUGCGCACGUUUCUCGUCCUGAACUUGACCAACACUUUCUGGGCAUUCGCAGCGCUGUCUUACGAGCAUGCGCCUCUCAUAGAGGCGAUUGCCGCCCAGUCGCUGAGCAAGAUAGACGCGUACUACCCGCAGGCCCUUUCUGCCACGGCGUGGUCGUGCGCGAAGUGCGUCUACUACAACGAGCAGCUGCUGCGUGCGAUCUCCGCCAAGGCGAUCACCGUGAUCGGCUCCUUCGCGCCGCAGAAUCUGGCCAACACGGCGUGGGCCCUGGCGAGGCUGCUCUUCAGGGACGUCCGGCUGCUCGAGGCCAUCUCCUCAGCGGCGCAUGUGCGGCUGCCAGAGGCGAUCCCGAAGGAGCUCUCGAGCACCGCCUGGGCGUUCGCCAAGCUGGCGGUGGAGGACCUGCCACUCAUGCAGACCAUCGCCAACGUGGCCAUGGACAACAUUGCCGAGUGUGACGCGCAGUGCUUGGCGAACCUGGCGUGGUCGUUUGGCACCUUGGUGGUGCAGCCUGGGAGGCUACUCGAUGAAAUCUCCGCGGAGGCCCUUGCGAAGCUGCACACGUUUGAUGCGCAGGAGCUGGCGAACACAGUGUGGGCUUACGCGAGGCUAAUGGCUGUGGACAAGCCUCUUUGUGACGCUGUAGCGGCCUCUGCGAUGGCGCGGCUUGGCGAUUUUGUGAUGCAGAAUUUAACGAACACUGCCUGGGCGUUCGCGCCGCUGGGCUUCCGGAAUAAGCCCUUGAUGGACGCGCUAUCGGAGGCUGUGCUCCUGAAUCGGUCGGAGCUGAUCCCGCAGGAGAUUGCGAACAUGGCGUGGUCUUGCGCAAAGAUUAACUUGGUGGACGAGCGCUUCCUCACCGCGCUGUCGGGGUCUGCCCUGCCUAUGAUUCACGAGUUCGUGACCCAGGACGUUGCCAACACGGUGUGGUCCUGCGCCACGCUCGCGUUUCGCCACGGGACGCUACUGGACGCCAUCUCUGCGGAGGCCGUCGCGAAGCUGGCCGAGUUCGAGCGCCAGGAGCUCUCGAACACGGCCUGGGCGUUUGCGAAGCUGGACGGUGCGGACCGGACGCUCCUGGCCGCCCUCGCGGCGGAGGUGCGCCGGCGCCUGGACCUCUUCGACGCCCAGGCGCUGGCCAACCUCGCAGACUCGGUGCCGGAGUGCGCCGCCCAGCUGGAGCUCCGCCUCUCGCCCGUGCUCGACGAGUUCGUGGCCGGCAUGCCGACCUCGCUGGCGGGCUGGCGCGGGGGCAGCUUCCCGGAGACGCUGCGGAGGGCCGGCGUGGACAACUUCGGGGUGGCGGGCACCCGGGCGCUGCUGUCCCGCCUCGGCAUCCGCGAGCCCCCGGCGGCCUUCGUGGAGCGGGCCCUGCACAGGAUAGCCCAGACCCACGCGGAGGGCAACAGCCGCACCGACACCUUUGGCCUGGCCCACAAGCGCGUGCUCUGCUACGCCGAGUGGGACGUGGUCCUGUCCACCGGCGAGCCCCUCCGGGGCGCCCUGCUCCGGGAGAACGGGAUCCGCGUGGGUCACGUGCAGCCCCCCGCGUGGCUGCGGUCGUUCCCGACCCCCAUCAACAGCAUGAUCGGUCGCGACCUCUGCGGCGAGUUCCAGCUCGCCACCGGCAUCGGCCUUGUGCUGGACGCGGCGCCUGCGGGGCCGCUGUCGGGGCGCGUGCAGCUCUUCUCGAACAGCACUCCCUGCACCUCCUGUGUGGCGGUGCUGUGCCAGUUGCGGGCGCGCUUCCCUGGCCUCGAGCUCUCCUUCGCAAACGGCGACUCGAGGUAG